AUGGAUGCAUCUACUCCACUUAAGCGGUCUUCAACGGAAGCUGGCCUUGAUUCUCCAAAGGAAUCUGUUCGGUCCGGAGAUUCAAAGAAGCAGACACCAAAGAUUUCCAAAGCCCGCGCUUGCGCCGAGUGUAAAAGACACAAAAUUCGUUGCGAAUUUCGAGCAGGAGAAACCAAUUGUACCAAAUGCAUUCGCAGUGGAAUCAAAUGUGUGGUAAACGACUUUUCACAAAAAUUUGUCGACGACGAUGGGAUCUGGAAAAUCCAAGCUUCUUCUUCAAUGCAGCAGCUGCAGGCAGCUGUGUCACAACUAUUGCGACAGGCAGGACUGCCUGAUCUCUCAUCAUUUGCGACCGGAGAUGCUCAAAGUGGCCCCAGUCCCGCUGCCUCCCACCAUACACACCGACCAUCCAUUGACGCAAUGCAACCACUUCCGAUUCAGCAUGAAGGACCAGGCGUUGUAAUGGAUGUCACCAGAGAACCCUCUCCGGAGCCAGAUCUUCAAGAUCCAGAUUUAGUCCCGGCACCCAUGCGCAGUCUGUACGAAGUCACCAAGUUACGCAACCUGCGCAAUAAUCACAUCGAGGCACCCAAAAAGACAUUACUAGAGGAAGACUUUAUCUCAAGGGGCCUUAUAUCCCUUCACGAGGCGGAGGAGCUUUUCGCAUAUUUCAGUCGCACCAUGAACCAGCUACUUUGGGGCGGAAUCAUUCUGGUGCACCGCGAUCUGACAUCCGUCCGUCGUGCAUCCACUCUGCUUUCCGCUGCGGUGCUUACUGUGGCGGCGCUCCAUAUUCCUAAUCGUACUGCCACUCUGAACCGUUGCUACAAUGAGUAUGUGUCUUUGGUGUCGAAUAUGGCUCUCACCAGAGCGCACACGCUAGAUGAUAUUCGAGGUCUCUGUGUUGGUGCAUUUUGGCUAUCUGAAUUGAGCUGGAAACUCUCUGGACAUGCGGUGCGCAUUGCAACAGAGAUGGGUUUGCACCAAAGUUACCAGCGACUGAUCCGUGGUCAUACUGAUCAGUAUGAGCGUGCUCAGCUGUGGUAUCUGCUUUAUGUAUGCGACCAUCAUUUCAGUAUCGCUUACGGACGCCCUCCUGUUAUUCACGAGGAUAUAGCGAUCCGAAAUUACGAAACUUUCCUUGAAAUGCCGAUGGUAGCGCCGGGGGACAUUCGGCUAUUGGCACAAGUUGCUUUGUUCAUGAUCUUGACUGAGGCAUACCGAACCUUUGGUAGCGACACGGAGCAUGCCCUUACGGAAGGGGAUUUUGGCCAGUUACGGGUAUACAAUGUGGCAGUAGAUCAAUGGCGAUUGCUCUGGCAGCCUCGUUCUGGUGAUAGCUCGUACGUACGAACAUACCCUUCAAAGGGUGUGGUCCUACACUACCAUUUCGCCAAAUUCCAACUUAACUCGCUUUCCCUUCGUGCACUAUCACCGUCCAACACCCCGGUUUUUUCUAUGGACCGCAAAGAAUCUGCCAACAUAGCUAUUUCCUCGGCCAUGGCAUGUUUGAAUAUGGUUCUCGAAGAGCCUGACAUUCGAGACGCGAUUGUCGGCGUUCCGAUUUUCACGCAUACCAUGGUCACAUUUUCCGCUGUUUUCUUGCUCAAGGUGGCUAUUAAUUGGAAUUCGGCCUACCUCAGUAUCAACGCCCGCCAGGUACGCCUGCUUGUUGAGCGGGUCAUUGAACUGAUGAAUUGUGUCUCUGCUGGUGAGCGACACUUAACCCGGCAUAUUGCACGUGGGUUAGGUAAGAUGUUAGAACGCUUCGACACCUGGGAGGCUGGAUGGCAAGUGGGCGCUAACAACGAUGGCGGUCUGGUGGACGGCCGCGACGUGCCCGGGGGCGCGAACGCGAUGGCGCAAGGAUUCCCACCGCCAGACUUGAUCUACGAUAUGGUCGGCACGUAUGGAUUUGGACUUGACGAGAAUUUACUAGACCCGAGCAUGGCAAGUUUUGAUUUCUUGGCGCAGUAA